AUGGAGGUAAUUGGCGGCGCCACCGCCGUGCUUCAGCUCGUGGUCGCUCUCUCAAAGACAGUUCAAGUUGCCAGCAGCGCGUAUCAUGACAUACGACGCAUCGACGACAGAAUCGAGGACUUUGAGUCGCAGCUCGAGGCUACCAGGUUUCAUCUUAAGUUGCUAGAGAACUGCAUCUCCAGCGGGACUUUUGGCGAGCAUAUCUGUCGGUACGCAGAGCUCGUUCCGGUGAUCAAAUCAUGCGAUCGCGCGUACACACGGCUUUCCAACAUCUUCAUCAAGAUACACCGCGAUAGAUCAUGGGCGACCUCCGUGAGGACGUACAACGCAGCUGCGAGCAAUAAUCCGCUUACGACGGCAAAGAUUCCCUUGCUGGUUGAAGAUCUCGCCAAACGAAUGCAGGACUUAGAGACGUCGACAACAGAACAUCAACAGGAGUUAAUGGCCCAAGAAUUAUACAUGAAGCAGGCCAGAUCCAAAAAGACCGAAUACAGUGAUGUCACCGAUCAAAGCAGCUCAGAGCCACUGGCGGAGCCGAAGAAAGGGUCACAAACUUCCUUCAGCGCCCGUCAAGCUUCUAUGACUACUUUGACAUCUUCAGCAAAUACUCCCGAACGUCUGUCCCGCGUCAGCAGCACUCUGGUCGGACUCCAGCUAGACGAAUCCCUGGAUACAAGUGUGCAAGAGACAGCUUCGAGAAAAACGAGUUACUCAGACCUGCAGAUUGACAUGGAGAUGCUCGAAGAAACCCACUCGAUGAUAAUGGCUACCCAAGGACUGUGCGGCAGCAUCAAGGACGCAGCCACAACCCUGGAUGCAAAAUCCAUGUUGUCCGGCCCAAUGAGCCCUCUGUCCCGGAACACGACAGUCCGCACGAGACGAGGUCCCUACUCUGUUGCUCCCAUAGAGGUAGACUUUGGCGAAAUGCUCAGUGCCGGCCUGGCUUUCGGCCCAUACAUACACGGAGAUAGGCACAGACAAAUCUCAGACUGGGCAAUCGACGUCAACGGCGACGAUACCAGAUCUCUCUCUGACACCGCAUCAACUCGAGCUGGAAGCAUAUCCACUGCGCCAAUCUCAGAAGCUACUUCGUUAACAUCGAGAGCGACGGGCAUCAGCAGCCAAAGCCUCGCCGACGAGCUCAACCAACGACGAAUCAAGCACGCCGAGCAGAUGAUUGCGAGCAGUCAAUUCUCCAAGGCUAUUCCACAUCUUGUUAGAGUGCUUGAUGGCCAGCCUGGUUCUGAAAAGGAUCCUCGUCUGAUUCGGAUGCUUGCUAAAGCUCUCGGUGAAACGGACCCCAACAGCAAAGACGCUGAGAUUCUAUGCAAAAGGUAUCCCAGUCUUGUGCUCCAUCUCGACGCUCAACGCCUAGUUCAGGCCGAAAUACUACUCGCAGAACCGAACCUUGGCGGGGUGGUUCGCUUACUUCAAUCUUAUGGGACGACUCAAGCUGAGGGUUUUGCAUAUGACGAUGUCAACAUCAACAUCCGGCUGAUCUUAUCCACUGCGUUCGUACAACUUAGCCAAGCGGACGAAGCUCUCCUCAUAUUAAAUCGUCUUUCAAAGAGAGAAGAGCUCGACCCAGCACAGACGAGCGACGUCCAUCGUCUGCUCGCUGAGACGUACGCCCUCAAGUCGGACCUUGACCAUGCAAAGUCUCACUGCAUGCAAGCUAUCGAGCUGAACAUGGAGGUUCGCGGCCGUGACGACGAGAGAACUCUGGCCUGUUUGUCGCUCAUGGUUGAUGUUUGUCGCAAGACAAUGGACCCGGAUGAAGAUAUCUGGAAGGAUAUGUUGCCGGAGGGGCCCGAGAGAACCGUCAGGGCUUCAGCGUCCAUUGGCGAAAUCUCGGUGAGCUCCUCCGAUCCCGCUCAGAGACUUCACGCAUUGUACCGAGACAUGCUUGAAAUGGCCGCCAAUGACGUGGGAGCAGCGGCUGAUCUCGGCACUGACUUUCUACGAAAGAACUACUACGUCGAUGCGCUCUCUGCCAAAUGGUACCCAAAUCAGCCCAAAAAGGCUUGUCAAAUCUGCUUUGACUGUGUUCGAAGGAACAUCAUUGAGAUGGUCAACAUUAAAGCUCUACCCCUGACUCCUCAGACCCCGGAUAUGCUCUGCACCUUCCAUCAGAAACCUGCCGAUAUCUGGACCGAGUUUAAAGUAUUCAGUGGCUCUUACUUGCCUUGCUAUUCACUGUUGUCCUUCUUUUCCAUUGCAGAUCCUGUACCCAGUCAAUGGCCAGGGAGAGACGAGACAUCUGGCUGCGUGAAAGAGAUUGAAUUCCUGCUCACGCUCGGAGUUCCCCAUGACAGAAUGCUCGGCGCUUUGAUCAACACGCCCGACCAGUUAUUCGUGCCGCAGAGGAGUGCAGAUCAAUCUGAUCAGGCCAGGCGUAUUGUACGAACACCGUUGUGGAUGGCUGCAGCCUUUGGUCAGAAGGCGGUCGUUGAGUUCAUCCUAUCCCUUGAUGUCACGGAUCUAAGUCAGCUGUCGUGUGACGGGUUGCUUGCGUUCCCGCCGUGCAAUCCUCAAGGCCGGGAGAUCGUCUCCAAAAUCAACACUUCCGUGACCACUCUUAUUAACAAGGCCUCACAAAAACAAGCUCUACAACUGUUGAGAGCGGCGCACGGCAUGUGGAGGUACAACAGAUUGCCAGUAUACGAAGCGCUUCUUGAAAAGGGGGGUCCUGGGGCAGCCGACCAGCCCAUGCAACUUCCAAACAACAAACGGUCGAGCACUUCGCUUUUUGGUGUUUUCCGGGGAUCUAAGUCACAUGAUUCGGAUGAACUGUUACUGCCACCAGUGUGCAGUGUCGUAAGAACCUGGGUUGACGGGUCCGUCUCAAGAUUCGAGCCCCUAGCAGUACUCCAGGUUCUCAAGAAGCAUGGAGCAGACUUCAGAGCUACAGACGAAAAGGGGCGUACGGCAUUUGACUUUGCACUCCGAGAGGCCAAGAAGUGUUUGAGAGAAAGUGUCGUCUCAGGGUUGAAAUAUCUUGAUGAUAACCCACCGCUUUUGAAGGCGUCUGGCAUGAGCUCGGUGGCACUGAGUCAUAUCAAAGUGGUGCAAUAUCUUCGUUCUGCUUUAUAG